GAUGAGGAAGAUGGAGAUCUCGAGCCUCCAGCUGGACCAUCUGACGCACCUCGUGGUGUUGAUUCUGGAAGACAACUCGAUACCUUCGGUGGACAACGAUUGGUUCACGACGGGCCCCAGGUCCUUGUCGAACCUGUACCUGGCCCGAAAUGGCAUCGCCGACCUCGGCAACGGGGCGUUCUCGGCCCUGGUCGGACUCAGACACCUGGACCUGUCCAGGAACGAGAUCCGGAUCAUCACCAGAUCCAUGCUCCCGGACCAGGACAGCAGGCUAUCUACGCUGGACCUAUCACGAAACCUGCUCCGCGACCUGCCCGACGACCUGUUCUCCGGGAUGCCCUUCAUCCGGGAGGUGGACGUGUCCGGGAACGUCCUGCAGAUGAUGCGGGAGGACAUCUGGAUGCCGGUCUUCAACCAUCUCGAAAAGAUGAACCUGGACGACAACCCCCUGGAGUGUGAAAGCCUGGAAUGGACCUGUGAAUACCAGAACCAGACUGCCCUCUCUGCCAGCUGCACUUCCAGGCUGGGACAGCCAAUGGGAGGCGAGCAGGGCAUCCGAGAGUACUGCCGAGGCCAUUGAGCAGACACUUGCUUAUAUAUCUUCUUUCUGAAGCAAACCUUCGUCAUUUUGAGGCCUUGAGAUGAUUGUUGUAAAUUAGAUUUGAAACGCCACUGUGAAAUCUGUCUGACGAAAAAUAAA